CGCGACUGCGGCGCAGCGUUACAGUAGUGGUUGCCCCUUUUGUUCAACGGAGUUCCUGAAUUAUUCCCAACACAAUGAAAUUCGUGGGAUAUUAUAUGGUUUCAUAAAAACAUUUUUAUUGUACCUACCCCUCCUCUGAGCUAAUCUGGGAUUAUUUAAUGAAUUCAAAAUCGAUCUGGAACAACCGCUGUGAGCUGCUGUGAGGUUUCCGAAGCACGCAGUUCUGAGGAGCGUGGAGUAAUGUAAACUUGAACACCAUCUGUCCCAGCAGUGGCUGUUGGCACAAUGGGGCUGGACUUUGACGUGAAGACAUUCUGCCACAACCUGCGGGCCACCAAGCCCCCAUAUGAGUGUCCCGUGGAGACUUGCCGUAAAGUCUACAAGAGCUACAGCGGCAUCGAGUAUCACCUUUACCACUAUGACCACGACAACCCAACUCCUGCUCAGGCUGUUCCCCAGAAGAAGAGGAAGGGACGGCCUCCUCGUGCUUCGCUGACAGGUUCUGGGGAUACGGAUGAUGGCGGGGGUAAUGGAGUAGGAGGACUGGGACAUGGAGGGAACACUCCUGUUAGCCCCAAUCACUCAGAACGCUCCCAUUCCCCGGGGAGAGAGACCAUGACCUAUGCCCAGGCACAGCGCAUGGUGGAGGAGAUUCAAGGACGCAUUCAUCGCAUUAGCAUCUUCGAGAAUAUAGAUGGGGUGUCAGAUGAAGACAGCGAUGCGGAGGAUGCUCCUCCAUCUGGAACUGGUAGUAGUGGUGGCGGAAUGUGUAAUGGUAGUGACGGUGGAGCCGGCGGCAGCGAGUUAGGAGGCAGCGGCAAGGACCGCUCAGAUAUCCCAUCUUCUAAUGGGGGCAAAGCCACACCAAAGACUGGGAAACAUAAGAGCAAAGCCAAGAAGAAGGAUGGCUUAUCUCAUCAUCACAGCGCUCAGUCUGGUCCCGCAGUCAAGCUCCCGGAAGCUGUGUUCAGAGAACUCGAUCAAGACAGACCUGAUGCCCCACCUCGGCCAUCAUCAUACUACAGGUAUAUCGAUAAGUCUGUGGAGGAGCUGGAUGAGGAGGUAGAGUAUGACAUCGAUGAGGAGGACUACAUCUGGCUUGAUAUCAUGAACGACAAGCGGCGGCGUGAUGGUGUGACACCCAUCCCUCAGGAGGUUUUUGAGUAUCUCAUGGACCGCUUAGAAAAGGAAUCAUACUUUGAGAGCCACAAUAAGGCGGACCCCAGUACCUUGAUUGAUGAAGAUGCCGUCUGCUGCAUCUGUAACGAUGGAGAGUGUCAGAACAGCAAUGUGAUCCUCUUUUGUGACAUGUGUAACCUGGCAGUGCACCAGGAGUGCUACGGCGUUCCCUAUAUCCCGGAGGGCCAGUGGUUAUGUCGCCGCUGUCUGCAGUCGCCGAGCAGAGCUGUGGACUGUGCUCUAUGCCCGAACAAAGGCGGUGCUUUCAAGCAGACAGACGACGCACGCUGGGCCCAUGUUGUGUGUGCCCUCUGGAUCCCAGAGGUCUGCUUUGCAAACACAGUCUUUCUGGAGCCGAUCGAUAGCAUCGAACACAUUCCUCCUGCACGCUGGAAGCUCACCUGCUACAUCUGCAAACAGCGCGGCUCGGGCGCCUGCAUCCAGUGUCAUAAAGCCAACUGUUACACCGCUUUCCAUGUCACCUGUGCCCAGCAGGCAGGCCUAUAUAUGAAAAUGGAACCUGUAAGAGAGACUGGGGCCAAUGGCACCUCUUUCAGCGUCCGGAAGACGGCAUACUGUGACAUCCACACGCCCCCUGGAUCGGCCCGUCCUUUGGGAGGAGUAGGUGGGGCCAGCAUGGGUUCAUCUAACAGCGAAGGUGAGCUGGAGGAAGAUGAUGAGCCUAGCAUUGGCCAUGAUGAUGACUCCAAGGGCUGGAGUUCUGAGCGGGUGAAGAGGGCAAAGGCCAAAUCCAGGCUGAAGAUGAAAAGAGCCAGGAAGAUCUUAGCUGAGAGGAGAGCUGCUGCACCAGUGGUGUCAGUGCCCUGCAUACCUCCCCACAGGUUGAGCAAAAUCACCAGUAACCUGACGGUACCCAGGAAAAGCCAGUUCAUGCAACGACUUCACAGCUACUGGACCCUAAAGAGGCAAAGUCGGAACGGUGUGCCUCUUUUGCGCCGGCUUCAGACACACCUGCAGUCACAGCGACAUAUUGACCCACUCCCACCGCAGCCUGCGUCACAACCUUCUUCGAGAGACAGUGAGGAGAAACAGACCGCUUUAAAGGAGCAGCUAAAGGCAUGGCAGAGGCUGAGACACGACCUGGAAAGAGCAAGGCUGCUGGUGGAGCUCAUUCGGAAAAGGGAAAAGCUCAAGAGGGAGACGAUUAAAAUACAGCAGAUGGCGCUGGAGAUGCAGCUAACUCCUUUCCUAGUGCUAUUGAGGAGUACCUUGGAACAGUUACAGGAAAGAGACACUAACAACUUUUUCACUGAGCCUGUACCACUGGCAGAGGUGCCAGACUACCUGGACCAUAUUGACACUCCAAUGGACUUUCAGACCAUGUGGAACUUGCUAGAGUCCCAUCGCUACCUCACUUUUGAGGCCUUUGAGGCCGACUUUGGUCUCAUUGUCAACAACUGUCUCAAGUACAACGCCAAGGACACCGUGUUUUAUCGCGCUGCCCUGCGGCUCAGAGAGAUGGGCGGGGCUGUCAUAAGAACGGCCAGGCGACAAGCUGAACGGAUCGGCUUCGAUUACGAGACCGGCAUGCAUCUCCAACGAGAGCCGAGCCCGGACAGCCAACGUGACCAAGAGAGAGACAGAGAGCGGGAGAGGGAGCGAGACAGGGAUAGAGAAAGAGACCGGCCGUUGUCUUCUAAUGAAGAUGACCUGCUCCUGCCAGAAAACAGGCGAAGGUUACCACUGGAAGAGCAGCUGCAUUACCUGCAGGCACGUCUAGAUGAGGUCAGCUCAGGGAAGCAUAGCAUUGGCCAAUCUCGUAGAGCCAAGGCCCUAAGAAAGGAGAUCAGUGUGAUCAAGAGGAAGCUUGCACAUCAGCGGGAAGGAGGCUCUGGCAUGGGGGGCCGGGACUCUGUCAGCGGAGGAGAUCGGAGUUCUUCUCUCCCCCAUCAUUCAUCAUCUGCAGGACACCAUGAUGAGGGGGGAGAGAGCAGCAGCCAGGAGAUCGGUGGAAAGGAUCUGAAUGUGUCCUCAUCUGCCCUGACUCCAGAGGUGGGCCGUCGGACAUCUGUCCUCUUCUCCAAGAAGAACCAAAAAAUGUCUGGACCCCCCAAAAGGCCAGGACGCCCCCCCAAGAACAGGGAUUCGGGUUAUGCUGGGGCAGGGGUGAGCCAAAGCCCCAUCGGUCCCCCACAACUCCCCCUGCUCUCACCAAGCAGGCAGAGGAAGAGGCCCCGCAGCCCCCACACUAGCUCCAGCUCCGACAGCGACAGUGACAAUGACGACUUGCUGCCAGGAUUGCCAAGUAAUGGCUUCGAUACAGGAAACCAGCCGGUGACGGAAAGCUUCCGUGUGUACAGGAACGAGCCUCGUCUCCCUCGUUCAAGCUCAGACUCUGAGUCCACAACCAGCAGCAGCAGCAGUGCAGCUUCAGACAGGACCAGCACCACCCCCUCUAAACAGGGCAGAGGAAAGGCAUCGUUCUCUCGCGCCUUCCAGGAAGAUAGCAGCGAGGAAACGUCAGGCACUGAAAAUGAUUCCUACUCAGUCGGAGGAUCGAGGAGUGUUUCCCACUGUAAGCACUCUUUUAUGUCCUCUAAGACCGACCUCAAAAAACAGCAAGUGAGAUUGCUUAACGGUCACUGUUUUCCAACUGUCAGUGGUGCGUGGGCCGAGACAGGUCAGGGGUGCUGGAUGGCUUCAGAUGAUUACUCUUCUCUGGAAGCUUUAGACCUGGUGUGGCGCAAGUGCAGAGGCUAUCCUUCAUAUCCUGCCCUGAUAAUUGACCCAAAGAUGCCCAGGGAGGUGUUCCACCGAGGUGUCCCAAUUCCUGUCCCUCCUGAUGUGCUGAAACUUGGGGAGCAAAUGACCCAGGAGGCCCGAGAGCACCUGUUCCUGGUCCUCUUCUUUGACAACAAGAGAACAUGGCAGUGGCUGCCGCGCUCUAAGCUGGUGCCUCUUGGGGUGGACCAAGAGCUGGACAAAGAAAAGAUGCUGGAAGGCAGGAAGUCCAAUAUCCGCAAGUCAGUGCAGGUGGCCUAUCACCGCGCCAUGCAGCACCGCAGCAAGGUGCAGGGAGACCCCAGCAGCGAAACCAGUGACAGUGACUGAACACAAACACACACGAACCUUAUGUGCGGGUGCUUGCAGGUGUCGUGUUUCUCACUAGAGAGCCCAACCCUACAUCAUAGAUUACAAAGUAAAAAGAAAAAACAGUGCCAGUAGCAAGGAGUGGGGGGGGGACUCCACUGUCUUGACCCCGUGAUAUUCACACUCAUGCACACUAAGCCGUAUUUAAUCUGACAUGUAAAAUGUUGUAUUUAAGAGAAUUGAUAAAAAAAGAAAAAAUGGAGGAAUAUGCUAUGAAUCAAAAUAUUCCUUGUAUGUGGUCAAUAUAUGUUUAAUAACAAGUGAGAUAAUGGUUUACAGACUCAGAAACAUAGUGUUACACUAUGAUGCAUACACGACUCUGCCUUUCCCUGUUUUUCUCCCACAGUCACACAUGCAAUCUCACAUGCAAACAGGGAAAUGUGUCUAGUGUACAUUGAAUGCACACACUGUGGACAUCCCACACCGCCAUUACGUCUCUCACGUGAUCACCACCUCAGCAAAAAAACAAGUAAACGGCCUGGUGCUAGCGUCUAAGUCAUAUUUACGAGGAGCACAAAGAGAGACUGUCCACAGCCCUCGCUGGGGGGCACACCAACGUUACUGUAAUUUAUUCUGCUGACUUCUCAUUAACAAGGUCCGCAAGCUUGUGUCAUCAUAAACUACUUCUAAUCAAUUUUCGACCGCACCGGACAUCAUCAUGUGGCCCCUUUUGUCUGUCAGUACGUGUUCAUCAUGUCUCCUGUUUUACGGUUUGUUAAGAUAUGUACAUGUCACACCAGGCCAUCUUGGUCAAUGAAUAAUGAGGAAUAAACUGAAAACACACGAUUGCCUCACUGUCUGUCUUAG